UAGUUAAUAAUGUGCUAGUUGAUAAUGUGUUAGUUGAUAAUGUGUUAGUUAAUAAUGUGUUAGUUGAUAAUGUGUUAGUUGAUAAUGUGUUAGUUGAUAAUGUGUUAGUUGAUAAUGUGCUAGUUGAUAAUGUGUUAGUUGAUAAUGUGUUAGUUGAUAAUGUGCUAGUUGAUAAUGUGCUAGUUGAUAAUGUGUUAGUUGAUAAUGUGCUAGUUGAUAAUGUGUUAGUUGAUAAUGUGUUAGUUGAUAAUGUGUUAGUUGAUAAUGUGCUAAUUCGAAAAUUAGUUUGAUCGGAAUCAGUUAUUUCAUAAUUAAACUACAUUACACUACGUCACUCAUGUAGGACGUAUAACUGUCGCCUCUCGUGUUGUAUAGCCGCGUUGCAGCAGCACCAGAGUUUCCUCUCAGGGACGCAUUCCCUGGGCCUUAGUUAAAGGGAUCGUGGUUGACCCUUGCGCAACGGUCCCUCUCUCGACCUUGCUGAUGAGAUCCAAAGGAACGCUUCGCAUUACAUUUGGCACCAACUCAGUUGCAGAAGCUGCCGGAGACGUGUAACGAUACCCGGAUGUUUGGAGAGGAAUGCCAGUACAGAUGUCAUUGCGCCAAUGGUUGUGAUACAAGCGGGGAUCGUGUCAAUGGGACAUGUGCCAGGGGCUGGUUCGGUUUCAAGUGUCAAUACAGAAACAGUGUAGUUGAUGCAACAGUGGAACCAAAGAGAUAUACUUCCUGGUUAACUGAUGGUCUAAGUGAUACGUGUAACAAUGAUACGACCAUUUCAUCAGUGACACUGCUCUGGGAUGAAGAGUUUCUAUUUACUUGGAUGUCUAUUGAAGUCAACAAUGCUUCAAAGCUUACUGCUUUCAAGAUCUGGUUCAUUGCUACUGGCGAAACCUACAAGGAGAUACCAUGCUCUGGUCAACGACUUGCAUUAAUUAAUGAAAACACAUUGAAAAUAUUUUGUGAUCUGAAAGUUUUAAUCGAGCAAGUGAUAUUGGAAGGAGAGGCUGUUUAUUUUCUAUGUUCUCUACAUGUCAAUGGAGGCAGGAAUGUGGCGUUGAUGCAAGAAACCAACCAGACAACCACACAUAUCUCUAACAUUUUUUAUGGGCCUCAAUUAGCUGUCGAUGGUGACCUCAAUACCGAUGCUUUAAGAAUGGGAUGUAGCCACACAGCUAUUAAUGACACUGAACCCUGUUGGACGGUCACUUUUGACGGACCUCGAGCUGUAAAUAAAUUUAUCAUUUACAACAGAAGAGAUGACAAGCCAGAACGUCUCAAACAUUUUCAACUUGAAGCAGAGAAUGAACACAGUCAGAGCGUCUUCUCUUACCUGGACUCUCUGGACCACUUCCUCUACAUCUACAGAGUGAACAUUCUAGAACAUCUUUCCAUGAAAUCUGUUACCAUCUGCCAGAAUGAGACAGACACACCGUUCGUUACACUUUGCGAAGUGGAGGCUUAUGGCGAAUGUCUACCUGGCUCUUGGGGUUUGAAUUGUUCCAACAAGUGUCCAAGUUCAUGCCCGAACUUCUGUGACAGAGGAGAUGGAUCUUGCAACGUCAUUUGUGUUGGAUUUAGUGACCCAUCUGAUUGUACUAGAGCAUGUGCUGUUACAAGAUAUGGCAUCAAUUGUUCCCAAAGCUGUAGUGGUUCCUGUUUAAAUCAUCACUGUCAUCCUGAAAAUGGAAGUUGUGUGAACUCGCCAGGCAGCUCUUUAGAUGAUCACUCUGAAGAAAACUCCAGCGUUGACAGUCUUUCAACUGGAAUAGGCAUCGGUAUAGGAGCAAGCUGUUGUCUGUUUCUAAUUAUACUUUUCAUCAUCAUCGUGGUAUUUAAGAAAAGAAAACGAGUUCCUUCCAGGCCAACAAUCACACCACCAAGAGGUUAUGACGAUGUAGAUCUGUCUACUCCAGAGGAGAGUAAAUAUGAGACGAUACACGAUGCAGACCUAAAGAAAACAAGAUCAGAUAACUCAACAAACACAUCACAACAGACGAGAAACGAGAGCAAUGUCUAUGUGAAUACAAAUGUAACACCAGAAGAUUGAAUCGCCUGGUUGCGAUAAUGGAUAUGAAAUCCUUGAAAAUUCAUUAUUUACAUAGAUUUGUUAUACUCACUACUGACCUUAAUUAAACCCAUAGCGACGAAUGCCUCGCUGACUAGUCAUUAUGUUGAGCUUGUUAGACAAUGAAUAAAAACUGUGGUCACUAAAUGUCGUUACAGUGUGUGUGGAAUAGAAAAACUUAAAAAAAAUAAUUUUGUAUUUUAAUAUGAAUGUAAAUUAUUUUCAGCUGCCAAAUAAACAAAAUUAAUUCCAAAGACAAACUGAUGUUAUAUUUGGUUGGUUACUAUAGUUAUGGACAUAGUACACGCUUGUUCAGCGAUUUUUAACACAUUUGUAAGUGGGGUCUACUUUACCUUGGCAUUGGAUGAAAGGGAAGUUAUACAAGCUUAUUACGUUAUGUAUUCUAGGAGAACACAUUGCUGCCUGACCACGCAGCAUGACUUAAAAUUAUCGUUACAAUUUUCCAGAGUUCGGAUCUAAACUUUUUCCCCCUGCUUUGCUUCAAGAGUUCAAGCCCUAAUAAUUUCGAUUACUGAAAGAAGAUCUGCAGCUUAAAAGUCGAGUCAGGGAAAAAGUUUUGAUUUUGUAAUGGUAACGACAGAGACCUGGUCAUUGCAAUAUUCAUACAUGUUUAUUAGUCUUGGACGCGGACUGCAGAGCUAGAGAGGAGGAUCCUAGCAAUGAAAUUGAGAAGUUACCCCAUUUAAAGACCGCAUUACAAACCAAGAGAUUAGAGACAAAGUUACUAGAGCAAUUGGACCCCUCGAUGACCUGCUAACUAGUGUAAAAAAAAACGGAAACUAAAACUCUAUAGCCAUAUUACAAGGUUUUCGGGACUUGUAAAGACCUUCCUUCUGUGAACAGUACCAGGAGAAAGAGUAAGAAGCAGACAGAGAAAGCGAUGGGAAGGCAACAUUUAAAAAAUGGGUGAGCCUGCUAUUGAAAGAGGUUCUAUCCAAGGCAAAAGACAGAGAGGAAUGGAGAAAGAAUUCGACAAAUCUUGUGUGGUGUCCCAACGCUCCAACGUACUAAAAGAUAGGUGAAGGUGAAUGAACAGCAACAGAACCAUUACAGAAAUGAAACAGAACUGUCAGAGAACGGAAACAGAAAUAAAUUUACUUUUUGUUCAAAGUUGCAGAAAAAAAUAUUUCCCAUUCCAAAUAAAUUGUCACCAUUUAACUCUUAACCAAUAUUAUAGGCUGUUACCUGUAUUAGUUCUAUUGCUACGUGUAAAAUGAAAAGAAAUCAUA